UUCGACAGUACCCACUUAAGUCAUUAUUACUCCACAACGUUAUUAUUUUCUAAAAUUCAGAAAUUUAGUUGAGAUGAAGGUCACUAAUUGUGCCAGAUUUUUAAUGCAGUUGGCCGUCUUCGCACUUACUACAGGUAUUUAUGUGGAUGAACCGUUAGUCUAUGACAACUUCCCGUCUGACUUCAUGUGGGCUGCGGCUACAAGCGCUUAUCAGAUCGAAGGCGGAUGGAAUGCUGACGGCAAAGGACUAAGUAUCUACGACGUCUGGAUGAACGAUCCAAAUCACGUGUCUGACGGAUCGUCCGGAAAAGUAGCUUGUAACAGUUACUACUUCUUCCAAAAGGAUAUUGAAGCCCUUCAAAAAUUAGGAGUUACUCAUUAUCGAUUUUCUAUUUCCUGGGCCCGAGUUCUCCCCAACGGCAUCGGUGAAGUUAACCAGGCAGGAAUUGAUUACUACAAAACGUUGAUAGCGGCGCUUAAAGCCGCCAAAAUCGAACCAAUGGUGACCUUGUAUCACUGGGACUUACCACAAGCACUAGAACUGAUUGGGGGAUGGCUAAAUAUAAGCAUUGUCGAUUGGUUUGAAGAAUAUUCUCGUCUCUGUUAUACUGAGUUUGGCAACGACGUGAAAUAUUGGAUCACGAUAAACGAACCAUGGGUCAUUGCAUAUCAAGGAUACGGUUCUGGAAAUACUGCGCCAGGGACAUACGGGCCAGGUACUUACACCUAUCAGGUGGGUCACCAUAUUAUUUUGGCUCACGCCAGAGCAUAUCGAGCAUAUGAAACCUCAUUCAAACCAACUCAAAACGGGAAAGUUGGAAUAACGGUUAAUAUCAACUGGUACGAUCCGAAAGACGACCAAUUAGAAAAUAUUGAAGCGGCCGAAAGGGCAUUGCAAUUUCUUGGAGGUUGGAUUGCCAAUCCCAUUUACGGCACUGGAGAUUAUCCAGACGUCAUGAAACAAAAAAUCGGCAAUAAGAGCGCACAACAAGGAUUUAAUCAAUCGCGACUACCGGAAUUCACGGCUGAACAAAAGAUUUUGGUACAAGGCAGUGCAGAUUUUUUUGGACUUAACUAUUAUACCAGUUACCUGACCGCUAAUAAGAUUCAAGAUAUAUCAAUAAUCGAUUAUGGUUACGACCAAGAUAUCGAGAGCUAUUCUGACCCAACUUGUUAUCAAUCAAGCUUCGACUGGUUGACCAUAACACCAUUCGGCAUGAGGAACACUUUGAACUGGAUUAAGGAUAAGUUCAACAACCCGGAAAUUAUUAUUACAGAGAAUGGUAUUAGUGACCGGGCUGGAAACGUAGACGACAUGAUCCGAGUUUACUAUUACAAGCACAACAUAAAUUCUAUGCUCAAAGCCAUCAAAAAUGGAGUUCGAGUCACUGGUUAUGCUGCUUGGUCGUUAAUUGAUAACUUUGAAUGGGGAAACGGAUUUACGCAAAAGUUUGGACUAUUUUCCAUAGACUUUGCAACGACAGAUUUGAACAGAACGGAGAAAGCCUCGGCACGUUACUAUGCCAAAAUUGUCAAAGACAAUGGAUUCACGAUGGAUCAACCAUGUAACAACAAUCCUAUAUAGUUGUAAGAUCACUCCUAUUUCUAAUCAAGAUUUUAGUGUAGUUUAAAAGAGAAAGUUUGUUAAAAAGGCUGGGAAUUUAUUUGAUUAGUUUUCGAGACCCGGAAAGACCCGGUGGGUGUUUUAUUGGAAUAUUAUUGCAGUUUCUA